AUGCUUACCAAAGGGAGGAGAGUUGCCGGGAGGGGUGAAGACAUGUCUGCACAUUAUGCAUUUGGGCCACAUGAGGAUGAUGCGAUUAUCAAACAUCGGCUUCUGACUAGGACCACAACUACCAGGGGUGAACCACCCCUAAAGAAGCUCCAAAAGAAGUUCAUGUCCUUCGCCACCGAGGUAGAGAAGGAUGCAGACAAUACAAGUGACUGUGAGAGGCUGUACAAGGCCUUUCUGCAGGAAAUAAACACUUUUGAGCUGCCUCUUCUAAAAAGCAAGGCUGUAGUUGAUGCAAAUCUCAGGGAAAAGGAGAGCUUCAACGAGCUGCAGGUUGAGAUCCAGCGACAAAUCUUGCAAGCUCAGACUGAUAUUGAGGAUCUUAAAAAGCAACUUGAGCAAAGCAAGAUUGAGAGGCAGCACAAAGAGGAGUGUGAAGCAAUCAGAAAACUGAUUUCCUCGCAGCCUCCACGGUCAGAAACCGAGAAACUUAUCGCUAAUCUUGAGAAGGAGAUAGCUAAUUUGGAGGCCGAGAGUGCAGCAUGUACAAGGACGUUAGAGCUUAGGAAGAAGCAGUUUGCUCUUCUUCUUCAUGUGGUGGAGGAAUUGCAAAUCUCGAUCGAAGAUGAGCAAAGGAACAUAGCAGAUGAGCUGAGAGCAGCCACUGAAGAGCCAAAGUUGAGCAUAGAGGAAGGCAGCGGCGGUGCUUCGGAUGCGAUGGCUGUAGACUGA